AUGACGGCCACCUUCUCUAGCAGGUCGUCUCCUUCUGCAAGUGAUAGAAAAUGGCGGGCAUCUCCAUUACAGCACCACAAAGCCGCCGACAUUGACUCACGGUCAACUGACGGUCAACUGACGAUUUGGGCAAUAAUGAUGGAUUUUGAAUACUUGACACCUAGUAAUGAGUCGGUGGACCGGCAAAGAGCUGCUCGGAUUUGCACCGACAAAGAGCUGCUCGGUUUUGUAAGUUACGUUAGGAGCUCGGUCUUACAUGGACUUAGUCUAGUAGCAACAGCAGCUCGUCAACAGCUCGGUAACAGUUGUAAUCCGGUAAAAUGGUGGGGAUCUGCUCGAAUUACUGAGCAGAUGAAAGUCCCACUUUUGAUUAUUUCGGCUCCCCCUUUUAGCUCGACAUUUUCAUCACUUGCUAUGGCAGCAUCUGCCUUGUCCCUCAGAUCACUUCUCACCUCCCUUUCGACAAACCCAAGCGAUCUACAUGGUUCUUUAAAUAACACCUCCUUGCUUUAUGGGCACAAAACGGCAGUGCUUACAAAGGGGAAUUUUCCUGUGAAUGGUGUAAAGUUUAACUUAAAUUGCUCGAGGGACAAAGAGAUGGAAAUCGGCAGUUCAGCUUCAGUCUAUAGCAUUGGCCAAAACUCAAAUGAAAUGGAGUCCGUAGAUAGUAGUGAACAAGUUGAGCCAAGUGUCUCUACCAUGUUGAUGAAUUUUGACAACGAGUUUGAUCCUUAUGAUGCACUAAGCACGCCUCUAUACCAGACAGCAACUUUCAAGCAGCCUUCGGCAAUAGACAAUGGGCCAUAUGACUAUACAAGAAGUGGAAAUCCGACUAGGGAUGCCCUCGAAAGACUCCUCGCAAAACUUGAUAAAGCUGACCGAGCACUAUGCUUCACCAGUGGAAUGGCUGCUUUGUCAGCAGUUACACAUCUUCUUGGAACAGGUGAGGAGAUUGUUGCUGGAGAUGACAUGUAUGGUGGUUCUGAUCGUUUGUUGUCGAAAGUAACUCCAAAAUCCGGAAUUGUGGUUAGGCGUGUGGAUACUACUAACUUGGAAGAGGUUGCAUCAUCCAUAAGCCCCCAAACGAAGCUCGUCUGGUUGGAAAGUCCUACAAACCCUCGACAACAGAUUUCGGAUAUUCGUAAAAUUGCUGACAUGGCGCAUGCUCAUGGCGCCCUUGUACUGGUAGAUAAUAGCAUCAUGUCUCCUGUGUUGUCUCAGCCACUGGAACUUGGGGCUGAUAUUGUGAUGCACUCGGCUACAAAAUUCAUAGCUGGCCACAGUGACCUCAUGGCUGGUGUUCUUGCUAUUAAAGGAGAAAGCUUGGCGAAAGACUUGUAUUUCCUACAGAAUGCAGAGGGCUCGGGUUUAGCCCCAUUUGACUGCUGGCUUUGUUUAAGAGGCAUCAAAACUAUGGCCCUUCGUAUCGAGAAGCAACAGGAUAAUGCGCAAAAAAUAGCUGAAUUUCUCUCCUCUCAUCCACGGGUGAAAAAAGUCAAUUAUGCCGGUCUUCCUGAUCAUCCUGGAAGAUCCUUACACUAUUCACAGGCAAAAGGUGCAGGUUCUGUGCUUAGUUUCUUAACAGGAUCACUCGCACUCUCUAGGCAUGUGGUCGAAAAGACCAAAUAUUUCAGCAUUACCGUCAGUUUUGGAAGUGUGAAGUCACUCAUAAGCUUGCCUUGCUUCAUGUCCCAUGCAAGUAUACCAGCAGCCGUACGAGAGUCGAGAGGCUUGGCAGAAGAUCUUGUUCGUAUAUCUGUCGGGAUCGAGGAUGUGAACGACUUGAUUGCCGAUUUAGAUGAAGCUCUCAGAAGUGGGCCCCACUAGCUUCUUUUUGUAUUAUCAUCGACAAUGAGAGACUUUNUGAAAUUGAGCUUCUGGUCUUAUAUAUUAGAUGGUUU